UUUACUUAAUUAUCCAUGUUUCUUGCUAAAACCAGUUUUCCUAUUGUGUCUUUUGUGCAGCCUUUUCUUCCUACCUUGAGUUCAAUCAUCUGUUUUGGUUAAGGGGAAAAAAAAACCUCAUGUCAAGCACGGCCUUCAGGACUGAAUCCAGAACAAGUUCUAUCUUUUUUUUCUCCGGCCCUUAUCUCUUUGGAGUGUCCUUCGAAAGCUGUAUAAAGACGUGAGAAACUCCUUUGAUACUUUGCUGUCUCUGGCAAAGACAGACAACAUGCUGCCUGCUGUGGUGAAGCUCUGCUGUGGAAUAUCCUACCCACACCUUAGGAGCAUGUCAGGGCUUCAACGCACAGCAGUAGCAGUGAUAAGCAAGGAGAUCACACAAAUGAAGCCUUGGGCGCAGAUCAAACAUCACAUCGGAAAACUUGCUGAGCCCAAAACAGAAGUGGCAGUGAGUGAAGAUCAGCUGUUUUACAUACAACAUGGCAAGGAAGCACUGAGGAAAGCUGUCAGCAUGUUGGAGGACAGAGAGGGAUGGAAGCUGGAAAUUCAAGAGAACAAUGGUGAUGUGAUCUGUAGCAAAGUGAUACCGGGGGCUGGGAAGGUCUUCAGGCUGGAGACGGUAUUGGAAGCCAGCUUGGAUGACCUCUAUGACCUCCUGUUCGUCAGAGUUGAGAACAUAAGCGAGUGGAACCCGAGCGUACAGCGAAUCAAAGUUUUAAAGCAAGCUGGACCUGAAACAGUCGUAACUCACGAAGUUUCAGCUGAGACAGCAGGGAAUCUUAUUGGACAAAGGGAUUUCGUCAGCGUCAGACACAGCUGCAAAGAAAAAUCCUGCCUUUAUCUAGGAGGAGCAGCAAUUCAGCUGGAGUCAUUCCCACCUCAGGCUGGAUUUGUGAGAGCUGAGGAUGGGCCAACCUGCAUCGUUAUUAAAGCUCUGGAUGAGGACUCAACAAAAAGCAGCUUUACAUGGCUCCUCAAAAUGGAUGUAAAGGGCUGGCUGCCUAAGUCCAUUGUCAAUCAGGGUUUGCCUCGAGCUCAGCUGGAUUUCACAAGACAUCUUCGAAAACGUCUCAGUCUGAGAUGACUGAGUCCUCAUGACUGUCACACUGCAGCAGCACCUUGUCCUUGUUCAAAGAAGGUGGGGGCAUAGUGACAGACUGCCUGGACGGCAAAACGCUACCCUGUUGAAACGAAAUGCUGCCUGGAUGAUAUGACCUCCUUGAAGAACAGCGAGCAGAAGGGAGAACCAGCUUGGUGGAUGGAAGCUGGAUUAUAAUAGGAAUAAAUGUCAAAUUGUGCCACUUAAACCUCUCAAAGAUUUCCUGUUUAAGAGCCACAACUUGUCUCUUGAUACAUGACACCCUGCAAAUGACUGGAUAGAAUUAAUAAAGUGCUUAAAUGCGCGUGUACUGGCUGACUUGUUUUUACUUAGUACUUACAAAAAUAGAUUGAACACAUUAAGGGCAAACUAUACAGCACAUGUCUCAUUACAGGAAGUGUCCUGUAGAUCUGCAUUAAUUGAUUUAGAAUGAAAUGAGCUGUUAAAUAAAGAUUUUAGGAUAUAAAAUCUUAUUUAGAGCAGCUGUUAUCUCCAUUCACAUAAAGUGCCCAUCAUUUUUUUCACGCUUUGUCACAGUACAAUAGACUUCAAUGUAUUUCAUAAAUAUUCCACUUCACAAGUGUAAAUGUUUGUUUGGACUUUGUUGUGCCAUCAUUUAUUUUUAGCAAUCACAGCUGAAAGUCUUUUGGGGGUAUGACUGUUAGCUUUACACAUCCACAUGCUGAAAGUCAUCAUAUUAGAUGUAGAGAAUCUUUGAACAGCGGUCUUGUCACAAAUUUCCAAUCUCGCUGUACGAAGGAAGACGAUAAACUGAACAGUUUAUUUCUGCAGCGGAAUUGUGUCCAACAGAUCUGACAAACACAUCAGUCCAUCAAUAAACGGACGGGAAAUUACAUGUGCUUAUUACUAGAGUUGGAUGCAGAAAAAAGGGAAAGGAGGAUGAGACAAAAGAGACAGUAAUAGGCAUACUUAGGGCUGUGCAAAAGACGAAACAGUCAGACACUAGCUGCAGGGGCAGUCACUUCACAAUUUUCCCAGAACAUAUUCCAUAGUUUGACAUUUAUUACUGAACUUCUUUGGUCUUGGAAACGCUAAAUUGGUGGCCAGCGCACCAAGCUUGUGGUAGCUACCAGUCAGCUAAUUUCUGAAGUGGUAUCUGUGGUACUGGAUUUUACUUUGGGUAUCAGAGUGAAGGGAGCUGAAAGCACCUAAACACCACACUUUUUAUGUAUUUAUUUGAAAAAUCCUUUGGAAACCAAGUACCAUUUCCUUUUCAUGUCACAGUUAUGCUCUAGUUUGUGUUGGUCUAUAAAAUAAAAUCCUAAUAAAACACAUUAAGGGCUGUAAUGUAACAAAAUGCAGUGGGGAAAAUCAAAGGCCCGUUUAUACUUUUGUAAGGCACUGUGUUGUUACAAAUUGAAACAAACGUAACUAAAAUAAAAAAGAGCAGUGAAAUAACAACAAAAAAAAUUCAUUGUACAUACUUUGAAAUGAAUUUUACUUUGUUCACGUUACCACUUAGAAAUUCAAUAAAUAUUAACACUUAAAGCUUUCAUUCAUGUACGUAUAUACAAGAACUAUACAAUGAACAUAGUGAAGGUGUUAGCUAGAGAGCAGGAACUGUGUAAAAGUAUUUCCAGCUUCAGUUCAUGGACCGGUAGCAUUGUCUAUUGUUUCUAGUUCCAAAUGUUUUUAACAUGUAAUUUACACUAUGUACACUAUCUUAAAACUGCAGGAGUUACAAAAAUAUCAUAACAUGUUCAUUCUGAAGUUGUUUUUUUUUUUUUAGUUCUUAAAGCAUCAAGUCCCACAAAGGUAGACAGAGAACAUGCUACAGUACAAUGGGGUUGGCUUGCAAAAGUCAUAAUUUGGUUUCAUU